UAUGCAUGCUUUUAACUUCACUAUUAUUCCUAAGGACUUGUAGUAGAAUGAAUACAAGAAAAUCAUUCCAAAAAAAUUUGGCUUCUAAACCAUUACCUUUAACCAUGAUGAUGGUUGUUUUGGUGCUUCUAAUGCAACUUUUGAUGGGUGUUUCUGGAGGAAGCUUUGAUGAAGAGUUUAAGAUAACAUGGGGAAAUGAAAGGGGAAAGAUUCUAAACAAUGGACAACUCCUAACCCUUACUCUUGACAACUUUUCAGGUUCCGGGUUCGAGUCUAAUAAGGAGUUUCACUUUGGUAAGAUUGAUAUGCAAAUCAAACUCGUACCUGGUAACUCUGCUGGAACUGUCACGACUUAUUAUCUAUCAUCAAAGGGAAAAACUCAUGAUGAGAUAGAUUAUGAAUUCCUUGGGAACUUGACUGGUGAACCAUACACAGUUCACACCAAUAUAUAUGCAGAAGGGAAAGGAGAUAGAGAGCAGCAAUUUCACCUCUGGUUUGAUCCAACUACUGAUUUCCACACUUACUCUAUCCUAUGGAAUCCCCAAACUAUCAUAUUUGCAAUAGAUGAAAUACCUAUAAGGGAAUACAAGAACAUGGAGUCAAUGGGAAUCCCAUUCCCAAAGAUCCAUGCAAUGAGACUCUAUUCAAGUAUAUGGAAUGCGGAUCAAUGGGCGACCCAAGGAGGCCGGGUCAAAACCGAUUGGAGUCAGGCUCCGUUUAGUUCAUCUUACCGGAAUUUCAAGGCGGAAGCGUGUGUUCGGGUUGCCGGAACAACCUCAUGCCACCCUCAAACGGUUACUUGGAUGAAAAGGAAGCUUGAUGGUUUGAGCCAAAGUAGGCUUAAUUGGGUGAGGAAGAACUUUAUGGUUUAUAACUAUUGUAUUGAUACCAAGAGGUUCCCUCAAGGGCUUCCUAAGGAAUGUCAUGUCCUUAAGUAAAAAAUAAAUAAAAAAAGAGAAAAAGAAAAAGAAAAAGUGAAAGUGAAAGUACAAAUAUAUUUUGACACAUCCGCUGAGAGAGUACAUUUUAAUAUACACUACUCACAUAGAGGUGUGCUAAUAUCAAUAUAUACGUGGUGUGUCAAAAUCAGUUUUCAAUAAUUAUCUUUGACAUCUUUUUUCUAUAGGAAUUUCGUUGUCAUCUUGGAAGCUUUCCCUUGUUUUUAGAGUAAAUAUGUUGUAAGGUGUUGUAGUUAUUGUUCAUCGUUGUAGUUUUAGCAUGCCGUGAAUAUGUAUGUAUAAUUGUACAUAAAUAAAAGCUACUCUAAAUGUUGUGGG